UGCCACAAUGCUGCUGCUGCACAGAGCUGUGGUCCCAGGGCUCCAACAUGUCUCCAGACUCAGGUUGACCUCGAGGCACUGCAUUCGGGCCUGCUCUACAGAUAAUACAUUUCAGUCCCAGCAUUCCAGCCUUGCCUUCUCUGGUGAUAACUCUGGCAGCAGGGGCUGGAGGGUCAUUGGGACCCUCCUGGGCCUUGGCGCAGUGUUAGCCUAUCAUGAACGUCGGUGCGGGGCUACUCAGGAAUCACCACCCAUAUACACGAGGGAGGAAGUAAGCUCCCACUGCAGCCCUAAGACUGGGAUCUGGGUGACUUUUGGCCAUGAGGUCUUUGAUGUCACAGAAUUUGUAGAUCUACACCCAGGGGGCCCAUCAAAACUGAUGCUAGCAGCAGGAGGUCCCCUAGAGCCUUUCUGGGCUCUUUAUGCUGUUCACAAUCAGCCCCAUGUGCGUGAGGUACUGGCCCAGUAUAAGAUUGGGGAACUGGACCCCAAAGAUACAGCGCCUCCCACCUUGGAGACCUCUGACCCUUAUGCUGGCGAUCCUCCACGGCACCCAGCCCUGAAGGUCAAUAGCCAGCGCCCCUUUAAUGCAGAGCCCCCUCCUGAGCUGCUGACGGAGAGUUAUAUCACACCCAAUCCUCUCUUCUUUACUCGAAAUCAUCUACCUGUACCCAACCUGGACCCAGACACCUAUCGCCUGCACAUAAAAGGGCCAUCUGGGGGGCAGUCAUUGUCCCUAUCCUUGGAUGACUUAUGCCAGUUCCCCAAGCAUGAGGUCACAGUCACUCUGCAGUGUGCUGGCAACCGGCGCUCUGAGAUGACGAGGGUCAAAGAAGUAAAAGGUCUGGAAUGGAGGACAGGGGCCAUAAGUACUGCACGUUGGGCUGGGGCACGGCUCUGUGAUGUGUUAACCCAGGCUGGUCACCACCUCUCAGAAACUGAAGCCCAUGUUUGCUUUGAGGGGCUGGACUCAGAUCCCACUGGAACUGCCUAUGGAGCAUCCAUCCCUCUGGCUCGGGCCUUGGACCCCGAAGCUGAUGUCCUGCUGGCAUAUGAGAUGAAUGGGCAGCCUCUGCCUCGGGACCAUGGCUUCCCUGUGCGGGUAGUGGUUCCUGGUGUUGUAGGUGCCCGCCAUGUGAAGUGGCUAGGCAAAGUGAGUGUGGAAUCAGAGGAAAGUUACAGCCACUGGCAAAGGCGGGAUUACAAAGGUUUCUCUCCAUCUGUGGACUGGGACACCGUAGAUUUUGAUUCUGCUCCAUCUAUUCAGGAACUUCCUAUCCAGUCAGCCAUCACAGAGCCCCAGGAUGGGGAGACAAUAGCGUCUGGGGAGGUGACUGUGAAGGGUUACGCAUGGAGCGGUGGUGGCAGAGCUGUGGUCCGGGUCGAUGUAUCUCUGGAUGGGGGCCUAACCUGGCAGGUGGCUGAGCUGAAUGGAGAGGACCAGCACCCCAGGAAAGCUUGGGCAUGGCGGCUAUGGCAGCUGCAAGCCCUUGUGCCUGCUGGGCAAAAGGAAUUGAACAUUGUUUGUAAGGCUGUGGAUGACAGCUACAAUGUGCAGCCGGACACUGUGGCCCCAAUUUGGAACCUGAGAGGCGUGCUCAGCAAUGCCUGGCACCGUGUCCAUGUUCAUGUCACUCCAUGAGAACAUGGAACAAAGG